UGUUGUUGAUGAUGAUGAUGAUGAUGAUGAUGAUGCACAGUACAUUAUGUAUUACAGUAUGUUAUACACUGUGGUAUACCUGACACCGGUAGUACUGGUUCUGUUUUAUGGUGUAACUGACGCCGCUCAAGCUUCCACCUGGGAGUACUGUAAUUGCACAUUUACAGAGUGGCAGACAUGGGGAGACUGUACUGAGGAAUGUUUCGGACAAAGAGUAAGGGAACGAGGUGCAACAUAUGAUGAUGAAAAAGAUGGAUGUAACAGUUUCACAGACUGUGCCACACCGGAUGAACGUUUUGAAUGGGGAAGUUGUAACACCGUGUGUGAAAACAACGGGUCUCCGACUGGAAAUCUCACAUUCCCCUGCACAUGCGCAUUAGGCUACUACGGCUCGUGCUGUACACUGAGAGUUGACUGCGGGGAACCAGAAGGCAUCAUCAACGGUUUAGUGAGUUUCACCACCACAGAUUACGACAGCCCAGCCACCUAUAGCUGUAACACAUUGUACAACCUGACAAACGGUGACGAGGUGCGCUAUUGCCAAGAUAACUUCACGUGGGGCGGAAUAAUACCAGAAUGUAUUUCGGUAGACCAUUGCAGUAGUACACCGUGUAUGAACAGCGCCACGUGUGUUGAUCUUAUUGGCGACUUCCGGUGUGACUGUGAUCAAGGGUGGACUGGUGAUAUCUGUGACGUAGAUAUACAGCCCCCAGUUGUAGAUGGAUGUCCCGAGAAUGUAGAAUUGAACGCUACACAAUCUACAGCUUUGUAUACCUGGAUAGACCCUGUGUUCACAGACCCUAUGGGAACGGAAUUGAACAUCACUUCAAGUCAUGCCUCCUCUACAUACAGGUUUCCCUGGGGUGAUCAUACUGUCAGCUACUUGGCAACAAAACUGUUGAAUGGCCUGCAAACAAACUGUUCCUUCAACGUCAAAGUUAGGCCUACCCCUUGCGACGAUCUGAAUAUUCCUGUGCACGGUGCACGGAUGUGUAACGGGUGGCGGACGGAUUAUGGGCGUUUCUGCAUGAUGUCCUGUCUACAGAAUUACACACUUGGCCCCGCCUACAGCUUCCGGACAUGGCGCACGUGCGGUGCUACUGGAACAUGGGUGCCGUCUGUUCAAUUUCCCGACUGUUCAUUGCGUGUGUACUCCGUGGAAGACGCAGUGUUCUAUCAACCGGAAUACGAGAGUCACGUGCACGAGAGUUCAUGUACGGACGCCAACACACAGUCGGCUCUAAAACAACUUUACAUUACCAAACUUAACCAGCAUUUUGGUCUCUCGUCUUUCUGCUCCAAUAAUCAAGCUGAUUGUACCGCAGAUAAUGUCGAGGUGGAAUGUUAUAAUGACGUCUGAAACAGAAUAAUAGAGCAAAACAUUUCUUGCAGAAAAUUUGACAAUAUAAAUUUCAUAAUUAGCUAAAGCUCAUCUUUUCGACCUUAGGCAUUCAAAUUCGUAUCACUAACUUAAUCAAAUAGACUGAAAUUCUUUAUCUCGGAAAACCAUUCAUUCAUUAUGAUGCUAAAUCAAACGCUAGGUUUCAUCAGGAAGAGAAAUACCCUGGUUUCGUUAUAUUCUCGUGUAUUACUAUUGUAAGUGACAAAAAGUGUGAAAAAUCUACUUCAAGGUUAAAAGAUGAAGGAGAAGAAUUUAGUUAAUUCAUACCAUAUAUUAUGGUGUUUACUGAAUUGAUCAUCUUGGACGAACUUCAUUAACUGAAAAGCGAUAACUUACAUUUUUGUUUGCUUGUUUGGUGCACCAACACAGUGUAUGUCAUUUGGCGCAGAAAAAGGAAAACUGAUUUUGGCUAACCUCGUUGUUUACAAGCUUACAAAGCAACACCAGGCGUCAAAACCACCUCACCUACUGGAGCUAAGAAAGGGCUUAAAAAACAUUGAAAGAGCCAGUGAAUACUUAUUGACACAUGCUUCAUGUUAAAGUAAAAUUAUGCUCAUUUUGUUUGUUGUAAAGUUUAUCUAAAAAGGGGAUGGACUUCAGAAGAAUACCUAUCAUAACGGUAGUUGACCCAUUUAUUGAUAUGGCAAAUGUGAUACAAAAAUUCCAAAUUCUUAGUUUCUGUUUGGCUAAAACUAUCAGCAUGUCAUUCUAUUGCAGCCAACAGAAGUACACUCAGGUGACUUACAAAUCAAUCAUAUGAUAUGUGUACAGAAACUGUAAGUGAAAGCUACGAGGUUCAAUGUACAAUGUAUAUAGCAAAAAUAAUCAUCCAAAAUUG